CCUAUUACAUGAAAUAAGUACUACCAAUUAUUGAAAUAUACGUCCAUAUACGUAUAGUCUUUCUUUGUAUUGACCCGUCCACUAAGUCUCUAGAUUCUUCAUUUCGUGCGUUCGCUUCAGAUUGCUCUCAACUUUCGUAGUACAGGGAAGCCAUUAAACAAAGAAAUAGAGAAGUGAUAGUUUUUUCUUAGAAAAGAAUCACCGAAACGAAUAAUAUAUGACUAAUAACGAAAUACGUGACAUUGCUCUUUAACAUACGGUAAAAAUUUUUCGAGAAUUGUGUAUUAUAAAAAUUUUAGAAGAUACAGGUUUUUCAAAGAAGCUGCAAUGUAUUCAUCUGGGCAUCACUGCUAAAGCAUUGUCUCAACAUCGUGGCAUGUUUUCGCGGUGCACAAAAGAUCCGAAGGUUGAGAACCUCUCAUUUUUGUAUAUUAAUCUUUUUUAUUUCUUUUAAAAAUAAGUGUUUUUCAAAUAAAAUGUUUCCAUCUUGAAAUUUAUUACAUAGAAACUGUUCUAUAUUUGCAUUAAACAAUGACAGAAUAUUUUGAUUUACCACUUAAUAUGGACAGAAUAUGCAGAAUUUGCCUUACAGAGGGUACUAAUUUAUCUCCUAUCUUCUGUACGGAUCAAGAAGUAAAUGAUUUUUCGAGCCUUCCACAAAAGAUACAAGUUUGUGGAUCGAUAGAAAUUCAUGAACAAGAUGGAUUACCUUCAUUAAUUUGCGAUAUUUGUAUCUAUAAAGCAAGUGUUGCUCAUGAAUUUAGACAACAGUGUCAACAUUCUGAUGCCAAAUUGCGAAUGUAUUAUAAUAAACCAACUAAAAUUACUAUUGUGGACACAUUUACACAAACUGAAUCUGAGAUAAGAACAUUAUUAUCAAAAAAACAAAUUGAUCAAGAAGAUUAUUUUGUGAAAGAAGAAAUGCAUGGAGUAUCAAAUUCUCAAGAAUAUAUGCAAACUAAUGACUCAUAUUGUAGAGAUGAAUCUAACUUAAGCACCAACCAGAUUGAUAUGCAAAAUGAAAAACUUUUUAUUUGUUCUAUCGGAUUUGAAGGAUCUAAAGAAAUUGAAAAGGAAUCUUGUACUUCAGAGAAUAAUAUACCUGAAACAUCUCUCACACAAGAGAGUAACAAUGAUAUUUCUGAAACUAUUGAUAUGGAAAAUAAACCAGAAGAAAACCAAGAUAUCAAUCAACAUCCAGAAGAGGAUGAUAAAAAACCAGAGGAGGAAUUCUUUGAUGACAAUAUAUUAAAUGAUAAUGUCAAAGAAGAAGAAGAAGUUUUACAGAAACGUACUUCUACUAGGAAAGUAAAAUCAGUGCCUAAUAAAACCUAUAGCGAAGAUGAAAUUCAUAAUAAUUAUUAUGAUUCAAGCAAUGAUGGUCAAGAUUCUAGAGAAUUAAAAUUUAAAUGCAAAGUAUGUGCAAAAUGUUACAGCACACAAAGAGGUUUAAAAAAACAUUCCCUUGUUCAUGAAAAAAAACAUAAAUGCAAUGUUUGUUCAAAAAUGUUUUAUAGAUUAGAAAAUAUGGAAAAUCAUAAAAAAAUACAUACAUCGAAACCUCUUGCAUGUCAAUUAUGUCAUGCAUGCUUUUCUAAACCUCAAAGUCUUGUACGUCAUUUAAAAUCUCAUACUGAAAAAGUAAAUAACAUGAUUAAACAAAUUAGUACAGAUGAACAAAAAGAUAACAAGCAACCAAAAAAAGAAAUGAAAUUUGAAGAUGAUACUGAUGAUGAAAAUGGUACUGUGAAUGAAGUCUAUGAUUUUGAAAAUGCACCUGAGUUGUACAAAUGCGAAAUUUGUAGUCAAUAUUGUUCGUCUUUAAAAAAUCUGAAAAGACAUACUCUCGUACAUGGAGAUAAAAAAUAUUCCUGUACUGUAUGUAAAAAAUGGUUCUUUAGGCCUGAUACAUUAAAAAAACAUGCAGAAAAACAUGGGCAUGGCUUACUAGACAAUUUAAUAGAUGAUAAUAAAUUUUUUGAUUCUGAUGAUGAUUCUUUUCCAAGUACUGCACAAAACACUUUACAAGAGAAUGAAAAUGUUAAAAAAGAAGAAAGUGAUGAAGAUGAAUCUGGCGAAUAUAAAUGUCAACAUUGUGAUAAAAUUAUGGCAACAAAGAAAGGUCUUAGACGUCAUGUAUCAAUGCAUAAACCAAAAGCUGAACCAGUUACUUGUGAAAUCUGUGGAAAAGUAUGUGCUAGUCAAGCUCGUCUUGUUCUUCAUCAAAGGACACAUAAACCAAAAGAAAAGGUUCCACGAGAAUACUUGUGUCAUAUUUGCAGUAAAGUGUAUCCAAGUAAUUCUUCUUUAACUUAUCACAUGAGAACUCAUACUGGUAUUAAACCACAUGUGUGUAAAACUUGCAAUAGUGGAUUUACUACAACAACCAGUUUAGCAAAUCACAUUAGGAUUCAUACAGGUGAUAAACCAUUUGUUUGCCAUGUAUGCAGUGCAGCAUUUGCUGUGAGUUCAGCUUUUAGACGACACUUAACACGACACACUGGAGAGGCAAAUUAUUUGUGUAAAACAUGUGGAAAAGCAUUUAAAAGACUAAGUACAUUAAAAGAACAUACUUAUACUCACUCUGGAGAAAAACCAUAUGUUUGCAAAACAUGUGGAGCUGCUUAUAGUCACAGUGGCAGUUUGUUUGCACAUCAGAAACGUUGUCGAGCUCAAUAUGGAGAGAUGGUUGUAGAUGACCAUCACCACACAGUUGCUCAUCAUAUUCAUGUAAAUAAUGUGCAAUCUGCAGUACGAUCACUUGCUGUGAUAGGACAAAUGUUUUAAUAAAUAAGAUUUAUAAUUUCAAAAAAAAAAAGAAAAAAAAAGUAAUGGUUUUGCUUGUACAUCAUGACAAAUUAUAUAUAUAUAUUAUAUAGAAUAUGCUAUGAUAUGACUCAUAUAGUAUAUAAUAUAAUAUUAUUUUAGAAAUCAUACACUUGUGUAAAUAUAUAAGCAGCCUUUUUACAGAGAAAGAUUAUUUAAAUACUCGCAUAUUUAAAUUUUGUAGAAGCUCUAAAUGCUUUAUUAUAACAAAAUUUAUUUCUUCAUUUAAACAACAGUCAUUGUGAAUAUCUUCUAAUCAUGUGUAUAUUUUUUAAAUGUAGCCCAGUAGUUAUAAAUAAUAUUAUACAGAUAAUGUAAUUGUACGAAUUAAAUAUAUUUAUUUAUUUACAGAGUGUCCCAAAAUCAUAUUAAACAUAGAAACAAACAAACUUAUGUUAGGAGAAAUUAGCAAAUUUCAUAUCAUUUCGUAGUUUGAAAUUUCAUUUUUAAUAUAAAAACAAAUGAAUUUAAAAAAUCAUCAAUUUUCAGCUUAAGCUGCUCAAAUUCCAAUAAUUAAAUAUAUAUAUAUAUAAAUAUAUAUAUAUAUUAUAAUUUAAUAAUUAAAUAUAUAUAUAAAUAUAUAUAUUAUAAUUUAAUAAUUAAAUAUAUAUAUAUUCAUACAGAAGAAUUAUAUGUAAUACAUUUUAGUAUUAAAUGUACCGAUUUGAAAAUGUUUUCAAUAGCUUUAAUGUACUUUACAUAUAUCUUACUAGUGCCAGUGAAUUGCUAUUAUGUCACACACAUUUCUCAAUGUUCAAUUCUUAAUUUUUUAAUUUUUAUUUAAUAGAUAAAUUUAGCGAAUAAAAGAAUAUUUUUUAUGAUUUGCUUUCCUAAACUUUGAUUCUUAAAAUAAAAAGAAGUUUAUAGUAUGUAGCAAAUAGUUCUGUAGCAUGAUUUUGGAACACCCUAUGUACAAAUUUGAAUGUAUAGUUAUAUAUAUUUUUAUAUGUAAUUGCAAAAAUGCAAAAGAUCAUAUGAUAUUUUAUACUUUAUGUUAUUUACUCCUUUCUUCCUUAAAAAAUUGAAUUAAGAAAUUUAUUGUGCUAAUAUUGGCAGUAUUAUAAUUUUGUACAAAAGACUAAAUCUGUUCUUUUCUGUGACUCACAUGUAUAUUACAUACCUGUAUUAUUUUAAACAUUUUAUUGUCCAUAUUCUGUAUUAAAAAAACAAUCACUCAUUAUUAAAUAAAUCAUAUAUUUUAUUUUGCAUUUUAUGAAAAUAUCAAACAUGUAUAAAUUGUAUA